AUGGCGGGCCGCCCCGAGAACGUUGGCGUCAAGGCGAUUGAGGUGUACUUUCCGAAGCGGUGUAUUUCGGAGGAUGAGCUCGAGGACUUUGACGGCGUGUCCAAGGGCAAGUACACGGUGGGCUUUGGUCAGCACUACAUGGCGUUCACCGACGACCGCGAGGACAUUCACUCGUUUGCGCUGACAGCGGUGUCGCAGCUGAUGAAGAAGAACCACAUCGACCCCCGCUCGAUCGGCCGCCUGGACGUCGGCACAGAGACGAUCAUUGACAAGUCCAAGUCGGUCAAGACGGUGCUCAUGGACCUGUUUGAGAAGCACGGCAACACAGACAUCGAGGGCAUCGACUCGAAGAACGCGUGCUACGGAGGCACGGCCGCGCUGUUCAACGCGGUCAACUGGAUCGACAGCCGCAGCUGGGACGGCCGCGACGCGAUUGUGUUUGCGGGCGACAUUGCCAUCUACGCGGAGGGCAGUGCGCGCCCCGUCGGUGGUGCCGGCGCCAUCGCGAUGCUCGUGGGCCCGAACGCGCCGCUCGUCAUCGAGCCGGUGCACGGCACGCACAUGGUGAACGCGUGGGACUUUUACAAGCCGGACUUGUCGUCCGAGUACCCGCAGGUCGACGGUCCCGAGACGCUGUACGCGUACCUCGGCUCGAUCGACCACGCGUACGACGCGUUCCGCACCAAGUACGCCAAGCUCGCGGAGGCGCACGGCCUCCCUGCCAAGGAGCCCCGCAACGCGGCUGAGCCGCGCUCGUGCUUCUCGCUGGAGGACGUGGACUACGCCGUGCUGCACAGCCCCUACUCGAAGCUCGUGCAGAAGGGCUUUGCGCGCAUGCUCUUCAACGACUUUCUCGUGCACCCUGACCACGAGGCGUUCGCGAGUGUGCCGAAAGAGUACCUGCAGGCCGACCGCCGCGCGAGCAUCAUGAACAAGGACCUCGAGAAGCUGUUCUCCGCGCUCGCAAAGCCGAUGAUGGCGUCCAAGCUCGAGCCGGGCAUGACGACCGUGCGCCGGUGCGGCAACAUGUACUCAGGCUCGCUGUACGGCGGCCUCGCCUCGGUCGUGGCGAACAGCUCCGACGAGCAGCUCGCCGGCAAGCGCCUGCUGAUGUACUCGUUCGGCUCCGGCUCAGCGGCUUCUAUCUUCACAAUUCGCGUCGCCGGCUCGACCGAAGCGAUGCGCAAGGCGCUGCAGCUCAACGAGCGCCUGGCGGACAUGCAGGUCGUGCCCUGUGCCGUGUACGUCGACGCCCUCAAAACGCGCGAGCAGACCCACAACGCCGUCGACUACGAGCCCAAGGGCAGCCUCGAGGACCUGUGGCCCGAGGCGUACUACCUCACGAACGUCGACGCCAAGUUCCGUCGCUUCUACGCCACCAAGUCGGCCUAG